AUGGCUGGAACUGUACAAAUACCACAGAACCUCACUAAUUUGCAACAAGUCGAAUUAGACAUGAUGGCUGAUAUGUAUGGCCGUAUGACUGAAACAUGUAGAAAGAAAUGCGUUAAGCCGGAACAUAAGGCAGGCGAACUGAAUAAAGGAGAAAGUGUAUGUUUGGAUCGAUGCAUUGUCAAAUAUUUUCAAAUGCACGAGAAUGUCGGCAAAAAUUUAAGACUUGAUUUUAAUGCUGCCAAAUAAGAAAAAAUGUAUUUAAAAUUAUUGUUGAUUGUAAAUGAGAUUGAAUAGUUGAGCUAGAUGAAAAUUUUUAUUUUAUAUUGUACUAAACUUAUCAACAGUAAAUAAUAUAGUCUUAGAUAUUUACUAGUCUUCAAAUUAUCUAAGAGUUAUAAUAAAGGGAUACACUUUACAAUA